GCUAGUAUGACUUUUUUAUGGUAGAUAAAAAUGAUACUUUUUUUUUUUAAUAGAGAAGAUAUUAACUAAUUUCCAUAGAUAUCAAGAUUCACAAAUAUACUGCAAAUAUACAUAUUCCCAAACUUCACUUGUAUAACUUUACCAUUAUAGAAUCGUUUAAACCAAACAGAGUUGAACAUCCAUGGCAUCACCAUCACAUAGAUAUUUUGCCAUCUUAGCUCUUUUCGCAGUCUCCCUCAAGUUUUCUUAUAGCCAAAAUGUCACAAUAGAGGACAAUGGCUGGGGUUACGCCGGUGUUACUUGGUACGGUGAAGCUGGCGGCGCCGGUAGCACCGGUACGUAUUACUAUAUAUUCUUUCUAUACUUUAAGUAUAUAUAUAUAUGUAUGUUAUUUUUCUUUUUUGAAUAAUUUGAUUAUGUUACUUUACUUUCGGAUAGGAGGAGCUUGUGGAUAUGGUUUUGCAGUUGCCAAUCCACCGUUUUACGGGAUGGUUUCAGCUGGAGGUCCUUCCCUGUUCAACAAUGGAAAAGGAUGUGGAACAUGUUACCAGGUUGUGUGCUUGGAGAAUCCAGCGUGUUCGAUGAGACCAAUAAGGGUGACGAUAACAGACGAGUGUCCAGGUGGUCCUUGCGCCUCUGAACCAGCCCACUUUGACCUUAGUGGAAAAGCCAUUGGUGCCUUAGCCAGACAUGGCCAAGCCGAUCAACUUCGAGCUGCUGGUGUUCUACGUGUUGUUUACAGACGUGUUCCGUGUUCAUAUAGAGAGAGUUCAUAUAGUUGGUCUACGAUAGCUCUCCAUAUUGACGCCGGGGCAAAUCCAUACUACAUUGCAUUUGUUGUGGAGUACGAAAAUGGCGACGGAGAUUUGGCCUCCGUUGAGAUUCAACCGGCCGGUGGAAGUUUUAUCCCUAUGCAAGAAAUGAGGUCCGCCGUGUGGAAGUUAAACUCCGGCAGCGCUCUGAUAGGCCCGUUCAACAUUAGACUUACUUCUGGCGAGACUGGUAACGUAAUUGUCGCUCAGACUGUUAUUCCAGUGAAUUGGAGAGCUGAUGAGACUUAUCGGUCGAUCGUCAACUUUUAAAGUUUUUUACUUUUUAGAGUUAUUUUUUCCUUUUGUUCUCAUUCAUUGUUUUCGCUAGUAUCCAUAUCAGCGCCCAUCUUAUUUAUUUGAUUAUUAUGUUCUUUAUCAAAUAAUGGUCUUGCAAUAAGAUUUUUUUUUUUUUGGCAGUUAGUUCAUCAAGAGAAUUGGUUCUAAAAUUUUUUUAUCUAUCAAUAUGAUCAUCAAUAAAGAAAGCCAUGAAAACAAAUCAAGAAGAAUAUUGCUACUAAUAAAAAUGUCCAUUUUUGCGCAUACCUCAGAUUUUUGCAAUAACUAGUAAUUAGGGGGGGAUAAGGUUAUUGGGAGAUAAAUUUGUGUAGAUUUUAUAGUUUUUAAUAGAUUUUCAAAUUUAUGUGGAUUAGGAAAAUAUAUACACAUUGACUUACGAAAUAUGAUCAUAAUUUUUCUAGAUUUCUACUUCAUGAUUUUUUUUUUAUAGUUCAUUUUGUAAAUUAAAUAUAUGGUUGAGAUAUUUAAAAUAUAUUGUUUAGGAUUUUAAAAAUAAUUGGGGGGGGGGGAAUUACUGGGAGAUAAAUUUUUGUAGAGUUUAUAAAUUUAUAUGGAUUAGAAAAAUAUAUACACACAUUGACUUACGAAAUUUGAUUAUAACUUUUCUAGAUUUCUACUUCAUGAAUUUAUAUUAUUUAUUUUUUCAAAUUCAUUUUGUAAAUUAAAUAUAUGGUUGAGAAAUUUAAAAUAUAUUUUUUAGGAUUUUAAAAAUAAUUAGGGUGGAGGGAGAGGUUAUUGGGAGAUAAAUUUGUGUAUAGUUUAUAAAUUUAAGGGCUAAUUGGCUCAGUAGCCACAUUUUGGUGAUAAGUCAAGAAAAUGGAUAAGAUUUUGACGUAAUGCAAUUGUUCGCUUUUUACCUUCUUUUCUGUCGGUUAUGUCCUUAUACAUAACAAGUUACUGGUUCAAACUCAUAGAAAAAACGACGUGGUGAUUUUGUGUCCCGUAAUAUCAAUGAGACACUUUAGGAAGCGCGUGGGUAAAUCAUAUUCAAAAUCAAAGGAAGAAAAAGAUGGAGAGAGACGAAUUGAUGAAAAGCUUAAGUGUGAAAGAAACAACGUUGUUUAACGGAGAAUGCAAGAAUGUAGUUCCAUACUAUAUAUUGUAGAUAGAAUAAUAUAAGUACAAAUAUAUGGGAGACGUUUCCAUUCCACAUGACUAACGUAGAAUAUAACUGUGUUUGUAAUUUAUGAGUGAUUGAUUUCCACCAAUGUGAAAGAAACAACAUUGUUUAACGGAGAAUGCAAGAAUGUAGUUCCAUACUAUAUAUUGUAGAUAGAAUAAUAUAAGUACAAAUAUAUGGGAGACGUUUCCAUUCCACAUGACUAACGUAGAAUAAAACCCUGUUUGUAAUUUAGUAAUAUAAUCACGAACAAAGACGGUGGAGUGGGCGGUUGGAGGAAGCCACGUAAACAGGUAGAGUUAAUAAAGAUAUUUUUACUGUAUAGAAUUAAACAAGUGGUGUAAAUUAGUAGUUGUAUCAAUAAAUGUUGUAUUCCAUCUACUUAUCAGUGUAAGUCCAUCUGAAGAACCUCAUAAAAUUUAAAAUUAAGGGAGAUGGCAAGAGAACACAUGAAAGUCAACAGUAAACCCAACUUAGAGAAAUAUAAACCCCAAUCACAGUACUAGAUAUGUGUUGUAGUGUUACGUACACAUUUGCACCGUCCAUUAUGAGGACAGUUAAUUUCCUAUAGACACAUUCCUUUUUAAAAUGCUAUGCUAGUUAUAUUACAUCCACAACUAGGAAACAUGCAAUACAAAGCUAAGAGGAACGAGUAUACAUCAUUUGGAAGUAAACACUAAAUCCAAGUUAGAGAAAUAUAAACCCCAAUCCAUUGGCAAAUCAACCCCAAAUCCGUUGGCAAUAGGAAACGUAGGGAGAAGCUCAUGUACAAUUUUCUAUUCCAUAUAAUAUAAACUAUGUUAUUUUCUAUUUUUCAUAUUCUAUAUAGGAGUAUUUUACAUACAAUAUAAAUCUAAUGGGGAUGGUAAGAGAACAUUUGAAAUUAAACAUUGAACCCCGCAAGAAAACAUAAAACACAAUCCAUUAGUAGAUAUGUGGUAUAUUGUUACGUACAUAUUUGCCUUAUUCAUAAUUUCAAGGCUACUUUUGCCAUAGUUCAGCAAGGAUGGAGCAAUAUGAAAUACAAAUGUAAUGGGAAUGGUAAGAUAACAUGUGAAAGAAAAAACUAAACCUAAAGUAGAGAAAUAUAAACCCUAAUCCGUUGGCAAUCCAACUAUUGGGACACUUAAACCCACCUACCAUUGGGUUCACAGCCUUUUCUUGCCAGUGGGUUCGCAACCUGUCUC